AUGGAAAGUGUCUAUAUAACGGAAGGUGUAAUUAAAGAAAAAGAAGACGAGGAGGAGGAAGAAGAACCACCUGUGGGUGAGGAAAAAAUUACGCCAGACUGGGAAAUUCCUCUAGCAGAUAAAAGCAUAACAAAUAAUAUUAAUCAAUUACUGAAUCGCAUUCAAAGACUUGAAGAACUAAAAGGCCGUGUUCAAGAACUACCCAAACUUAUUCAGCUUCCUACACCUAAACAAUCUGAGAAGGAAAAGAAAAAAGCAGUAAGCCCAACACCUCCCUCUCAAAAAGAUCCAAAAAAUAUAGUUGAAGAACUUGCUAUGAAACAUGCAACUGAGGAUGUGUUGAAUAUGGUAGAGGUUUUCAAGGAUGACACAGGACAACCACAAACAAUUGAAAUGAUGAACAAUCGCAUGAUAGAAAUAAUGAAAGUAUUUGAAAGACAAACAAAUAAGUUACACAGAGUUAUAAAUGAACAGGAUGUGCUGGAAGGUAAAUUACAGAAAAUUCAGCAAGAAUUUCAAAAGCUAGCAGGAGAAAAAGAAAUAAUGGAGGAUGAACUUCAAAAAAGGAAAGUUUCAGAGCAAGAAAAAGGGUUAUCAGGUGCAAGGAAAAGAAUGUUACCAAAACUGGAGAAAGCGAAAAUUGAAGAGAAACCACAAGUUCCUUCAGAAAAGGCCAAAGUGGCAGAGAAACCAGAAACAUCUGUUUCGGUAAAGGAGAGAGACCAUAUGAAAAUGAAAGAAGAUUUAACUAAAGCUCAGGAAAACAUUCAGUCACUUCAGGAAGAGAAGAAAAUGCUUGAACAGAAGCUACAGAAAGCAUUACAGGAAGUUGAGGAGGCAAAGAUUCAACUUGCUGAAAUACCUCCAACUGUUCCAGACUGGCAAUUCCCUUAUUCAGCAGUUGGGGAAGAGGCACCAAAGAAAGGCAAGAAAAUGUCAAAAGGGAAAGUUAAAGGAGAUGAUUUAAAAGAAAUAUCUAUUAGUGGAGCAGAAAAAAUAACCCCAAAAUUGCCAAGAGCUGACACAGAAAAAACAAGUGAAAUACUUCCACAAAAAAGUCAGGAAUUUUCUAAACAAAAAAGACCACCUGGUGUUAUGGAAAAACCUCCAAAAGAGGCUUCCGAAUCUGAAGACACUGAUAAAAAAAUGCAAGAAUCAAAGAAAAUAAAAGCUGAGAUGGUUGAUUCCAAAGGUGUGCUAAAACCCAAGGAAUCUUCCGAAAUGAAGAAACGGCGUACAAAGGGCGCAGGGAAAGACACAUCUAUACAAGAAAAGCAGCAGGUGCCUGAUUCUGCAAAAAUUGAGGAAAAAAUAUUGCCAGUAGUUUUAGAUAAACCUGUAGAAAUGCUUCCACCAGACUCAAAAAGAAAGGGAAAAGAAAUUACCAUAUCUCCUCAGCUCAGUAUGGGAGAACGUGUGCCAAGCACUGAACAGAAAACUUUACCAGUUAUUCCAGAAUUCAGAAUGGAAGAUUCAGCUGAAUUUAAGCAUUUAACAUUGGAAAAAGAAAGUCCAAGACUUGGCAUAGACUCAGUAGGACUUAAAGAAGAGGAGGAAAGUCACCACUUGAUCAGUAAAAGCAUGCUUCAGUUAGCAGAUUGUAUGGCUGAGCUAAAGGAAAUGCCUGAAGCCGAAACUUUAGCAAAACUCUUGCUUGAGCCUGGCGAAAGUAAAUUACCAGAGAGACAAAAACAUGAGAUACUUCAGAUACUAAAUCAGCUGGUAACUCCAGAUGAACUAAAGCAAGCUGGUGAAAGAGAAGAUGAAGAAAAAAGAACAUUACUUGCAAAUAUAGAAUCAGUUGUUAGACUUCUACAGCAAGAGCAGCCUGCUGAAGCUGAUCUGUCAGGUAGAAUCUGUUAA